UCUACAUUGCACACAACACAAGCUGCAGAAACCCCAAGCCCAACCACAGCAGAAACAACUGCGGCUACAAGUACUCGAUAUCAAACUGCAGAAACCACAAGCCCAUCAACAGCAGAAACAACACGGACUACAAGUCCUCUUUCUCAAAGUACGACAGUAGAUGAAUUAACAACAAAAGAAGAAGAAAUGAGUCAAACAAGUGACCUAUCAUCUUCAACAACAACUGAAAUGACCACUUCUACAUUGCACACAACACAAGCUGCAGAAACCCCAAGCCCAACCACAGCAGAAACAACUGCGGCUACAAGUACUCGAUCUCAAAGUACGACAGUGGAUGAACUAAAAACAACAGAAGAAACAAGUCAAACAACUUUGUACACAACACAAGCUGCAGAAACCACAAGCCCAUCAACAGCAGAAACAACAUGGACUCUACUAACAACUACAGAAGCAACAGCUAGUACAAGUGUACCAUCAACUACAACACCAACUAAAUUCACUACUUCUUCUUUGUACACAAGACUUGCUGCAGAAACCACAAGCCCAUCAACAGCUGAAACAACUGUGGCUACAAGUACUCUAUCACACAGUACUACACUGGAGGAACUAACAACAACAAAUGAAACAAGUAGUCAAACAACUGUACCAUCAACUAUGACACCAAAUGAAUUGACCACUUCUACAUUGCACACAACACAAGCUGCAGAAACUACAAACCCAACCACAGCCAAAACAACUGUGGCUACAAGUACUCCAUCUCAAACUUCAACACUUCAGGAACUAAAAACAACAGAAGCAACAGCUAGUACACGUGUAGCAUCUACUACAAGCGCAACUGCAUUGACCACUUCUAUGUUGUACACACCACAAGCUGCUGAAACCACAAGCCCAACAACAGCAGAAACAACUGUUUCUACAAGUACUCGAUCUCAGACUACUACAGUGGAUGAACUAACAACAACAGAAGAACCAACUAGUCAAUCUACUGUACAAUCAAGUACAACACCUUCUGAAUUGACCACUUCUACAUUGCACACAACACAAGCUGCAGAAACCACAAGCCCAUCAACAGUAGAAACUACUGCGGCUACAACUGCAGAAUCCACAAGCCCAUCAACAGCCGAAACAAUUGCAGCUACAAGUAUUCGAUCUCAAAGUUCUACAGUGGAUGAACUAACAACAACAGAAGAAACAACUAGUCAAUCUACUGUACGAUCAACUCCAACACCAAAUGAAUUGACCACUUCUACAUUGCACACAACACAAGCUGCAGAAACAACAAGCCCAACCACAGCUGAAACAUCUGCUGCUAAUCGUACUCUAUCUCCAUCUUCGACACUUCAGGAACUACCAACAACAAAUCUACCAGCUAGUACAAGUGUACCAUCUACUACAACCCCAACUGAAUUGACCACUUCUACUGUGUACACAACACAAACUACAGCAAGUACAACAUCACCAACAACAGAAACACCUGGCACUUCAAAUACUCUGUCUCAAAGCUCUAAACUUGAGGAAUCAACCAUUACUAAAACAGCAACUGGAACAGCAAGUGGAUCAUCAAGUACAGUGCCAACUGAAUUGACCAUGAGUAGUGUUUUCACAAACCAAGCUAUAGCAACCACAGCACCAACAACAGAAACAACAGCCUCUGCAAAUAGUGUAUCUCAAAGCCCUAAACUUGACGAAGCAACAGUUACAGAAGCAACGACUGGUACAAGAAGUGGAUUCUCAACUUCAAUGCCAACUGAAUUGACCAUGAGUACUAUGUACACAACACAAGCAAUAGCAACCACAGCACCAACAACAGAAACAACAGCCUCUGCAAAUAGUGUAUCUCCAAGCCCUAAACUUGACGAAGCAACAGCUACAGAAGCAACGACUGACACAACUGGGCCUACACCUACUCCAGCAGCUAAAACUGAGGAAUCAACUCCACUUGUAAUCACUAGAAAUAUAAAUACAACUCCCGCAGUAAUAAUUGGUUCAGCUGUGGUUCAGACCAGGAUGGUCUUCAGUUCCUCCUCUUCUGUUCCCAGUGAGAGUUUGGUUCUUACUACAACCCAGACUCUUCUGAGUGCUCGACUCCUACAUCUCAAUGACUCUGUAAAAGUGUUGAACUUCACUUAUGAAAACAUUUCAGACACCUCUUAUGCAGUCACAUUCACAUUCAGCAUCAGUAGCAUCAGCAUGCCAGAGAAAUCUGCCAACAGGAAUGAUACCUACAACCAUGUGAAGAGCAUCAUCAAUAAUGCUCAAAAUGCACUUCUAAAUAAACCUGGUGCAGAACCAUUCACACCCCAUAAGUUUUCUUUCACGAGUUCAAAGAACCAGGUUAAUGGUGACAUGGAGUACUAUUUCCAAGAUGGAGACACCAAAACACCAGCAGCCUUCCUGAAUGACCUUAAACCUGUAUUGGGGAAUGUUGUGAUAUACAUUCGUCUAGUUUUUAAGAACUUGGCCAAAGUACCGAGUGAGGCUGAUGUUCUCCAAGCCGCUAAUGCUUUCCUGGACUCAAAGAUCAGAAGAGCACGAGAUCUUGCAACACAAAAACUGAAUGAGCCUGUGAGCAUACAGAAUGUCACCUAUCAGAAAAUGGGCAACAACUCAUACAAUAUUAGCUUUGCGUUCCGAAUCAGCAAUGUGACCAUCUCCAAGGAUGUGCAGCUGAGGAACGAAACAUAUACUUUAAUCCAAAACACCAUCAACAGCCUGUUGAAUGAUAUUCUGAAUGUCAAAGGUAGUACUCCAUUUGUCUUCCCACGAGCAACUUACAGGUAA